AUGACGACCAAAAUUCUUGAUUUCCGAGCAGGAUGUGUUUCUUUUUAUGGACGUAUGUAUAUUUCCCUUGAAAGAGGAUCUGUUAACAUUCAUGGCUAUCAUAUUAAAAAAGGCCCAACGUUAGAAGUUUAUGCUCCAAGCCAUUCUCUUCCAAUACAAGUCAAAUCUAAGUAUGAUUUCACAUUAAUUCUGACAACAAUUCCAAUAGAGAAGCUUUCUCCCCUUGAAAGAAAGUAUUAUUCCGUAGAAAGACCAGAUUUCUUCCAAUUGAGUGAUGGAAUCUAUUACAGUCAGACAUUUCCUGAAUUACAGUAUGAUGCCGAAAAAAUUAAGGAAAUAGAUUCACGCGUUAAAGCAACAUCAAGAUUAAUGAUUAUUGGAGACAGUGACACAGGAAAAUCGACAUUUGCUAGGUUCUAUACCAACCACUUACUCAACAAGUACCCAGAAGUCGCUUAUUUGGACGUAGAUCCAGGCCAAUCCGAAAAUUCACUUCCAAGAACACUUUCAUUAACAAUUGUUAAAUCACCAAUAUUCGGACCUCCUGAGAUGAACGAUAAGAACCAGAAGACAAUUGUCGAUUACGGAUACCUUCAUCCAACAGAUAAACAGUUUUACUAUGAAUCCAUUACUAAAUUACUUUCAGUUGUUCCACAGGGCAUCCCAUUGAUUGUUAAUUCGCUUGGACAACUGUUUAAAGCUGGAGCUGUCGUACAUUCCACUUUAUUCAAGAUUAUUCGUCCACACCUUAGAGUUUUAAUACGCAGACCUGAACCAUUAGAGUUUCCACAGAUCUACGCUAACUCUCUUGAACUUGUCGUGAAGAGAAUCGAAAAUGUAAGUUUAAUCAAGAAAGUUUUCAAGAGAGAGCUUCGAUAUUCAACAUACCUUACAAGAAUGAUCGGUCCUACAUCACUACAAAAGCCAAAAGUCCUUAAAAUGAAGAAAACAUAUUUUUAUUUCAAUCAACCAAUCAUUUUAACAGAAGUUCUUAACUACGCGAUCGGUUCAAUCGCAUUCCUUCUCAAGAGCACCGAUUCCGUUGAGAGAAUCGUUAAGAAACCAGAAGAUAAGAAGAAAUUAAUCAAAAUCCUUCGUAAUUUCAAGCCAUCAACAUACCACGGUGCUGCUCUCAUCAGAGCAUUCGAUGUCGAGGCAGGACUCAUCUAUUUGAACACUCCAGACUCUCUUGACGAAAUUGACGUCCUCCACAUCUUCCCUGACGAACUCCUCGCAACGGUUGUCCACGACCACCCUACACAACUCACUUUUUCUGAUGCCCUCAUCAUCAAGAAACCUAUUUUCGCUUAUGAGGCUCCGAAACCUCAGAAUUAA